AUGUCUUCAUUGCAAUUCAGCCCAGAUUCCACUCAGUAUUCCCCGUCAUCAGCAGAUCAACAAUCGACCGCUGUCGACCUUGAAGGUAAAAAAGGGGCUUGUGUCACUUGCAGGAAAGCGAAGACGAAGUGUGAGCAAACCGAAGGAAAGGACAGUUGUGACCGGUGCACUCGUCUGAAAAGAAAGAAUUGUAGUCUAAGUUCUGGUGCCCAGCCUUUCGCAUCGGUUGCAGAACAGGUCGCAAGGUAUCUGGAGAUUCAUCGACGCUCAAAAGAUUUCAUCGCAAAAAGUGCCGUAAGCUCCAAUAACAGCUUCCUAUCUCCCACCAGCGUUUCUAGAGCCCGAUCAAGAUCACCCUCGAAAGUCACCAAACCCCGAUCAAAAGCUAGAACAGAUGCAGCCUUGGGUUGGGGAGAUAGGAGCUCUUGUGGAAACUGUAGACGCAGAAAGAUAAAAAUGCAUAACAUUGCCAGGGAAGAAUGUGAGUACUGCUCCAAAGAUGAAAGCAAGACUUGUUCAUUUGGCAUGAACCGUGCUUUGCGUCAUGAGAUCAAGUCUCGACAAGCUUUAUUCGAUAAAAGAAUCUACGAACUUGACAACAGGGAGUUGUCAGACCUGUUGAGUCAUGACGGAGGCAUAAGCAAAGUCAACAACGAGCUUGUUUCCGUUAUUGGUGCUCAAUUCAGUUUGGUCACUUCCCAAACUCCGACAGAUUCUCUACCUGCUCCUCCACUACAUCCCCAAACCGACAAUCUUCCAGUUUCACUAGCAGAGGAAGUUGGUCCGAUUAUUGCUUAUCUGAAGACCGAAGAAGGACGACAGCUUCUGUCUGAAUAUCUUGAAGAGAUAGAGCAUGGAACAAACAAUCAUGGAUCAGAGAGGACAGUUUCGACCAUGGAGGUGCCACAAGUUAAUGUUUUUGCGCCACCUAUCUCCGAUGACUGGGGGUUUAACGCUUUCGACCCAACCGUUGGCAUGCCUGACGACAGAGGCUUAGAAUCUUUUCUAUUCAGCUCUCUCGAUGAGCCUUUUCCGACUCAUGUCACGGGAUAUCCGCAAGAUCAAUAUUUUCCAUUCUGA